UUCUGAAAAACAACAAGCGCAACAUCUGAGCCGUUCUGCUGAUCGUCUCAACAGUAAAUCCAGUCGGCGAGAAUUACGUUAUGAAGAACAUAAUGACUAUAUUCCUCCGCCAUUACCACUUAAUUCAAUUCAAUGCCAUCCAACCAUCGAUCAUUAUGCACGAGCUUUAAAUCAAUCAUCGUAUUUCUAUUCCACACAUCGCCGUAGUCAGAUAGAAGUAUAUCAAUUAUCAUCAGCAAAUAAUCGUUUAAUAUUACCCAGACCAUACUCGUCGAAUUUUCCGCUCUCACCAAAGAAUAAUACAUCAACAAAUAUUCCAAUUACAUACAGUUCGACAGUAGAUAAUUUUCGAACCAUGUCUCAAUCAUCAUUAGAUAAUAAUGCGUAUGGAAAACUGUCCGAUUGUCAUUCACCUUUGACACCUGUAGGAAACUCUUCUGUGAAAGCUCCACGUCGUAUAGAGUCCGCUUAUAGUCAGUUUCCCACCACCCAACAAGAACCUGUCUAUGCAAACACUCAAUCACUUUAUGAUAACAUACUCUAUCCAGAAUCAUCAUCACUAAAUAAACUAACAAAUCGCAAUGAAAAGAAAUCGUGUGCUUCACAAACGCAACUAACAUGGACAAUGGCAACAUUCUCCUCGUUUGUUGAUUUAGAAAAUCAAUCGGUUAUUAUUCAACAGCCCGAUCCGACAAC